ACGAGCAGUGAAGAGAAAUGGCGAAGUUUUUCAUCACAUUGAUGAAGAACUUAAAAGAAAUGAAGCAUUUGUAUUGGAUUGUGUUAAAGAAAAUGGUUGGAUUCUGACGCAUGUUUCACAAGAAUUGAAAAACAAUAGAGAUUUCAUUAAGAGAGCUGUCAAAUAUUAUGGAAGAGCUGUUACAUUUACAAAUGAAGAGCUGAGAAAUGACAAGUCAAUCGUGUUGGAUGCAGUUCGGCAAGAUGGUUAUGUUCUCAGAUAUUUAUCAAAUUUAAUGCAAAAUGACAGGGAGGUAGUUUUGGAAUCUGUCAAACAAAAUGGAAUAGCACUCCAAUUUGCAUCAUUCAAAUUGAGAAAUGACAAGGAGGUUGUUUCUGAGGCUGUGAAACAAAAACCCUCAUCUCUUGAAUAUGCAUCAUUUGAUCUAAGACACGAUCGUGAAUUGAUUGAUUUAGCUUUAGCAAUACAACCAAUAGUUAUAUGGGAUCAACCAAAAACCUUCAAUAAUUUCAAUACUUUGGCAAGUGAUAAUCAAUUCAGAGUAUCAUUUUUUGACGAGAUGAACGAGAAUGAUAUUGAACUUAUGGAACUAAUGAUGGAUAUCUCUCUAUCUUCAGUCACUGAUGAACAAAAGGAUGAUCGAUUCACAAUUCUACAAGCUGUCAAAAAGGAAGGACAUUACUUAAUGUUUGCUUCUGACAGAUUGAAGAAUGACAAAGAGAUUGUACUAGAGGCAGUUAAACAAAAUCCAUGGGCAUUUAAAUAUGCAUCUGUAGCCCUUCAGAAAGACAAUGAAAUUAUUUUGGAAGCUCUCAAAAAGAAUGGCAGUUUGUUAAAAUUCUGUUCCUUUGAAGUGAGGAAUGAUAAGGAAUUGGUAAUGGUGGCUGUAAAACAGGAUGGCUCUGCUCUCAAAUAUGCAUCAGAUAGGUUGAAAGUUGAUAAGAAAAUAGUAUUGGAAGCUCUGAAACAAACUGACAAGGCACUAGAAUUUGCAAACAUUCAAGACUUGCUGAAGAAUGACUUUGAAUUCAAGAUGGAAUUGAUGGCACAACUGUUUGUGGAGGACAUGGUACAUGUGUUUCACUUGAUAAAUGUGAAUGCAAGUCAAAUGCCAACGAUGGAUAUUGGACAGGAGCUAAUUGUACAUCAUGUUCAUCUUCUUACACUGGUAAUGAUUGCAAAACUGCCUUAA